AUGUAUUUUUACAUAGAAGAUGUUAUAACAUUUUGUGAUAUUCAUCAAGUUGAAGUUACUGACAUGAAAGCCCCUUAUUUUAUGGGUAAUGGUCGUCAUAAGAAACAAGAUGAAGAUAUGGAACAUAAUUAUAGGAUAUAUGUAUUUUAUUCUACAAUUGAUUUGCAACUAUCUGAAUUAAAUAGAAGAUUUAAUGUAGAGGCAAUGGAACUUCUCAUACUUAGUUCAGCUUUAGAUCCUAAGGAAAAUUUUAAAUCAUUUGGUAAUGAGAAAAUCUGUAAGCUUGUUGAGAAAUUUUAUGCAGAUGAUUUUUUCGAGCUAGAAAAGAGAAAUUUGUCGUUCCAACUAAGACAUUAUCAUUCAAAUAUUUCCCGAGAUCCUAAUUUAGGAAAAAUUUCCAGUUUCUCCGAGUUUUACCAUAAGUUAGUUGAAACUGGAAAAACAGCAAUAUUUCUACUUGUUGAUAGAUUGAUACGUCUUGUUUUGACAUUCCCUGUUUCAAGAGCAUCUACAGAGCGAUCUUUUCAUGCAAUGAAAGUUAUUAAGACUUCGGCUUUGCAACAAAAUUGA